AUGUGGCGUUCACGUUGUUCUCUUCUUAAACGAGAUUUCGACGCAUGGGCGUACAACAUCUUCUGGCCACAAGAAAAGGCAUUCUUACCACUUCUCGGAUUUGCGAGUUUAACUGUGGAGGAUAUUAAAUUUGCAUACAAUGCAUGGUGUCUUUUACGUCUCGCAAUGUUUUAUGGAUGUGAACACCCCAAAGUUCUCAGUCCUCUUGUAAAUGUAACACCAUCAAUGGAUAUUGCCUUUGGUGGAAAUCGAGUUUUUUAUAUGCACGCCGAAGUAGAAGCUAGAUUAUCACAAAAGAAGAUAAAGGUUGCGUUAACUCCUUCUCAUCCAGAGGCGCAACCUUUGCAGAACUUCCCCUGGCAACAGAUAGUAUCUCCAACACAAGAGGGAUGUAAAGAGAUGGAAGAUUACAACAGUGGUGUAGAAAUUGUACUCGGAAUGGAAAAUGGAUUAUCAGAAAGUGUUAUUGAAGAAUGUGACUACUGUGUGUAUAUCCCACAGUAUGGUUCCAUUGGUUCACUUUCAAUGCUUUCGGCAAUGGCAAUUGUUCUGCACUCGGCUCACUCAGCGCAACAGGUAGAAAAUACAACUAUGGUCCAGUCAGUGUUUUCAAAAACAUCACAAGGACACAUGCCGCUUAGUAAUGGUUUUGUCAAGGAAAAUCAGGGGAAACCACUUCCUCAUGAAAAAGAUCUUCUUUCUUUCUCUAAUGAUGAAAUUGUGAAAAUUCUAGAGACUCGUCGAUUAUCGUACAAGAUGCAACUCUCUCUUAUGAUAUACAAUGAGUUUGGAGACCGUAAUAUUGGAGCUAUAAUGCGUAAUGCGAACGUUUUUAACUGUGAAAAAAUGAUUGUUUUGAAUCGUAAAAAGUUUAGCAGACGUGGCGCUGUUGGUACUCAACAUUUAUUGCAAACUUUAUUUUACGAUGGAGUGGAUGAUGCAGACUGCAACAAAAAUUUGGAUGGAUACGUUAUUUGGGUACUUUACCAGUAUUACCCUUAUAUUAAGAUUCAUAAUGUACCUACAAAUGAGAAUGAAUCUACUUUUAUUAGACCAGAAAAUACCUAUUUACAAAAAUGGUUAAAAAAUCACCAUUCUUUAUCUAAAGAACACCCAAUAUCAGAUUUUUGUGAUAUUGAUCAUUUAAUAGGUUCUGAGGUAUAUCUUGAUGAUAGUAAUUCUCUCUAUAAUGCUGUUAAAGAUGCUUUAAAUACGGGAUACCGUGGUAUCAUGUUAGCUAUUCCAGAGGAAGGUACUUCACCGCAUCCUGAUAUUCUUAAGAAAGCACAAAGAGUUGUAUACAUGAUUCAUCCUAAUCACCUUGCACACGACGUUCAGCGGGGUCUUAAUGGUGCUCUUUCUUCUGCUAUUGCACUGGAACGUAUCAGAACUGCAAUAGACAAUCUUUAA